UUGCCAACAGUAUAAAAAGAGGACAACCGCUGAUGUAGAGAUGGGAUUCAACAAGCUGCAGUGACUACACGACAACUUCUCACUUCGUAUUCCAGUACAGUUCACAAAAAUGGUGUCGAAGAAAUCGGAAACGAUGGUUAUGGCAUUUGUUUGGUUCUUUUGUUGGACCAUCCAAGUCAUCACGGGGACUCCUGUCGGAUCACUUGAAAUGGACCGAGAUUUUGGAUCCCCUUUAACCGAUGAAGAACUUGAAUGCAUACCAACAUUUAGCAAAGCAGCAUCCGGCACACCCAUGUCGGAGGGAAAUGAUAUCGUGAUUUUACCGAAUAAGAAUGCUUACGUAAACCAAAAGUGGCCCAAUCCGAAUGAAAUUCCUUACGUCAUCGACUCCACAUUUGAUGACAAGGCCCGGUGCGCCAUAGGUUACGCCAUGAACCACUACCACAAGAACACCUGCAUCCGGUUUGUUCCGCGAACCGACCAAAACGACUACAUUCAAAUCAACAGACUUGACACUGAAAAUUUCAGCUGUUAUUCAUCGGGCCUUGGUUACUAUGAAGGCGAAGGAGCACAUGGAGUCACUCUUUCACCCAGCUGUUAUGCGUAUCAAGCUGGAACCAUCAUGCACGAAUUGAUGCAUCGGGUUGGGUUCCACCAUGAACACACUCGACCCGACCGCGACGAAUACAUUGAUGUCCUUUGGAAUGAAAUUUCUGAUGACUGGAAGGCACAGUACCAAAUAGCAGAAGGAUCUAGUCUCCUCCUAAGUUACGAUUACGGUUCCGUGAUGCAUUACCCGUUGGGUACGGAAAUGGUGACCAAACAGGAAACCGAUAUUGAAAUAGGACAGCGAAAAGGUUUAAGUGAGUUGGAUAUCGGCAAACUCCAAAGGAUGUACUGUCCAUCCUAAGAACGCUUCCUGAAACACCAUUAGUUUUACAAUUUCACUUUCCUGCAAGGAUUCCUUGUUAUUUCUCUGCAUAAUGUUCACGCAUGACGUAUUCUAGCUUUCUUUUUUGGGGACAUUCUUUAGUAUUUGGAAAAAGGAUAUUUUCAUUUUAUUUCACUAUUUACUUAUUUGAUCAGUACACUUGAAAAUACUAAAA